AUCAAUCCAUACUACAUAAUGUCUUUCCCCGUUCCAUUCUUCAAGGGUAUGACUCCCGUCCCUCCUACUUUCACUUGCCCUAAUGCUUAUGCUAGUGAUAAGGCCCCUGAGAAGAGGAAUAAGUUUAUUGAUCAUACUCAGCUUGCCGCUGAUGCCACUGAGGAGAAGAUUCGCAAGUUGUGCGCUGAGGCCAAGCAGUACGACUUCGCCAGUGUCUGCAUAAAUGCUUGCUGGGUUCCUCUCGCCCACGAGCUCCUCAAGGACACCGAUGUUAGGGUUUGCACUGUUGUUGGAUUCCCUCUUGGUGCUACCUCGACUGCUGCCAAGUCCCUUGAGGCUGUCGAGGCUGUUAAGGACGGUGCUAAGGAGGUCGAUAUGGUCAUUAACAUUGGCUACAUCAAGAGUGGUUCUUGGGAUAAAGUUGAGGAUGAUGUUUACAGCGUUGUCCACUCUGUCCGCGCUUAUUUGGCUAACCAGAAGGCUAACCCCGAAACCGAUGGUGUUGUCGUGAAGGUUAUCCUUGAGUGUUGCCUUUUGACUGACGAGGAAGUUGUCAAGGCUUGCAAUGUCUGUGUUGACGCCGGUGCCGAUUUCGUAAAGACCAGCACGGGUUUCAGCAAGUAUGGUGCUACUGUCCACCAUGUGAAGCUUAUGCGUGAGACUGUUGGUUCCAGAUGCGGUGUGAAGGCUGCUGGUGGUAUCCACACCAAGCAGGAGAUGGAUGAUCUCAUUGCUGCUGGUGCCACUCGUAUCGGUGCUUCCAAGGGAGUUGCACUAAUGUAACUUUCUCAGCUGUUUUAUGCUAUUGAAUGAAUCAUACUAUGUCUAGUUUACAAGAUGCUUGCGGGGGAAUCAUCCGCGAGGUCUGU